AAUUAUCUCUCUCUCUCUUUUUUUUUUUGUAUUUUUUUCAACCUUAUCAUUAUUUAUAUCAUUCUCAUUUCAUUUUUCAUUCACCAUUCCUCUUAUUAUUGUCAAUUUGAAAUGAUGAAUAUGCGAACAACUGACAUUAACAUUUUUAACAACUGUUCCUCAGAGUACUAUCACUUUUGUGAUAUGCCAUCCAAAUGUCACCUCCCCCCCACCCCCCCCUCUCUCCACUAUCAUUUCAUUUCGAACUUUUUUCCCCUCUCUUUUAUUCAUUUAAUCUUCAAAGUUUUUCCUUAUAAACUUUAAAAUUUCAUUAUAUUUUUGAUAAAAUU